AUGUCAUCAAGUGAUGAGUAUGAAAAUACCAUGGACCAUGAGCCCGAUGUUGAAAGUGAACAGAUUGGUGCAAAAUCGAGCAAGGUCUCAAAUGAGCGAAAAUUUUUGCAGUAUUUUCAAACCGCUUCCAAGAAACUCUCAGAUGGUGGCAAUGAUCCACAGGUUCCUAAACAUGUAAAAAACGUACAGCCUGGAACUAACAAGAAAAGAGUGCAGAAGACCCUCACUUUUGCUUGGUCUGUAAUAAGACGAUUUGCCGUGGUAUCGGAAAGACAUGCUGCUCCAAACCACAAAAAUGAUCCUGGCUUCAACCUCUCAAAAUCAAUUGUUCCAAUAAAUCAUCAAGCAGCUGUUGCAGCGAAAAGGAAGAAAGAAGAUAACACAUUGUGUGAAAGUGAAGACACAGAGGAAGUAAUGGAAAUAGAAAAUUCUUCUGACAAUUCAUCUUCUGGAAACGCAAGUCUCGUUCAAGUAACAACCACGCAAUUUGGAAGCAAACGUCCUAUACAAUCAACUCUUAAUUUCACUUCUGAAGAAAAUUCUAAGCAAGCAAGUAGAGUUUGUGGUGACGACAUUUCAGUGAUUUACAAUAAAAUUGACAAGCUUCUAGAAAGGAUGGAGAUAACUCCUUCAGAAAACAAGUUUAUGCACAACGGCGAAACUGAAGCGGCAGUAAAGAUUUUAAAGGAAUCUUCUUGUCUUUCAGACAUUGAUGGCUCCGGUUUUAACUUCUACCCUGAUACUUUUGGAGGUGGAAUUGUCAGAUGCGAAGCAUGUUUUGAGAUGAUAUGUGACAGCAGUCCUGCUCUACUGGACAAAGAUCUAUUACAAGUUCAACGAAAGAUGGAGAAAUCUCCAGGAAAUACAUUAGGAGCUGGAUUAGAACAUGCAAGCUGUACAACAAGAAAUGGAGGGAAUGCACACUACAGAGCACCUAUUGCCCGAAAAAGGCGACGUGUUAUCAAAGAAAGGUCGAUGGAUGUAUUGUGUAAUCAAUUAAAGUCAGCUCUCUUUACAGUCAAAAUAAAAGCUGCAUCACUUCAUUACGAAAAUGCCAUUGGCUUAGUUCAUAGUUGCGGUUCGGAUGUUGGGAACUUGGGUCAUGGAAGAAAUCAAAUGAAAGCCAUGGUUCAAGCUUUUGAAUGCUAUUUACACAAGCGAACACGCGAUCUCCUCACUACGCCUUUACCAUCAACAGGACUGCCACCACACUUUGGAACUACGUCAGACAAGUCUACUCCAAUUCACGUUUCAAAUCACGCCAUAAUGAUCCUAGUAAUGUUAAAUGGCAUGAAGACAGCCAUUCCAGUCGAUGCUCCGCCUGUGUACUCAUUUUCUGAAGCAGGCCUUAAAGGAGGGACAGCUGAUGAAUUAGCGGAACAGGUGAUCUCUGCCCUGGUUAAAACCUUGAAGCUUCCAAAUAAUUCUUUGUCAUCGUUGAUGGCCCAUCAAGCUGAUGGUCAGUACCAGUCAAGAAUGUUUCUUCAAACGUUGAAAUCAUCUACACAAGGGGACAACAAAGAGGACCUGCUAGCUGCUCAUGAUAUCUUUUUCGUUAUACCCUGGGAUACUGCCCACUGGAUGGAUCUUUGUAUGGUGGAUAUUCGUGAGAGUAGCGAGUUCUUACGGCGCUUCAUCAAAAGAGCAAACCAAUUCAAUACGAUGUAUGGCAGAGGAAAGGGGCAUGCUGAAUACCAGGGCGUUGCAAAGCAAAAUUCCUUGAAGGCUCAUGUUACUAAAGUGUACGCAACAACACGGUUUGCGAGUAGCUCGUUUUCACAGUUUGAGAGCAUAUACGAAAGUUAUGAAGCUCUAUGUAAAGCGUUUUCAGCGAUUAGAGAAACGGAUGAUGAAGACGAGGAAAUGAAGUAUAUGAUUAAAGGUCGGGAUUUCUGCCUAGAUCUGUGUGGAAUCAUAGACAUCCUGUCAAAACCUAUGGAGAUGAUGAUCAAGUCUCAAUCUUUGGAUCAGUACCUGUGGUCUGUUACCAAAUGGUGGCCAAAAGUAAAAGCCAUUCUACUAGCAAUGAAACGAGGUCCGACCGGUCAGCUAUCUGACAUUCGGAAAGUAACAGUACGAAAGCAACUAUUCCCAAAACUCUGGAAACAUUAUGAAGAUCUUAAUGAAGAAGAUAGCGUAGAUUGCAUUUUUAGGGGUUCAGUUAUUACCAGGAUGGAUGGUCGUGGAUACGGCAGAACAGGUCGACAGCAUUUCCAAAAAGAAAAGAAAAGUCAUUGA